GGGGUUAAUAGUGAAUAUUCGUGAAAUGCCAGCUCAGUCAUUAUGGGAAACGGCGCCAUUUACUAAACCAAAAUGGCAAAGAGGUGAACUGACAAAAAUACCCCUCUCAUAGAGUGUCCCCAAAUUUUCUGGCCAAGAAGACGACGAUUAUCACCUUCUCUCAAACCCUAGCCCUAAUCCUAAUUUCCAUCAAAUAUGAGCGAAGAAGGGAAGAGCAGAGGCCUCUCCGGCCAACAAUCCAAUCAGAUUCCCUACGGCACGUUUCAAGGCGUCGCCAACUACCCUCCUCUGCCACCUGCUCAUCAUCCUCAGCCGGUCAUCGGUAUUCCUCAGCCUGUUCCUCCGCCUGGUUACUACUCUCAUGGAUACCAAACUGUUCCAGGCUAUGCUGUUGUUGAAGGGAGGCCAGUGAGAGAGCGGCGUCUUCCCUGCUGCGGUAUUGGUAUUGGUUGGUUAUUGUUUAUCAUUGGUUUCUUUUGUGCUGCCAUUCCAUGGUAUAUUGGAGCUUUCAUUCUACUUUGUGUUCGAGUUGAUUACAGAGAAAAACCUGGACUUAUUGCAUGCACAAUAGCUACUGUUCUAGCCGUGAUUGCCAUUACUCUUGGUGUAACAAAGGGAACACACGCAUGGUGAAAGUUUUACAGGCCUUUAGAAAAAAAAAAAAAUGAAUGUAUAUUCUGGCUCCAUAUCUCAGAAAAAUGUUUGCUGGCCAUUGUUUUUAUUUCGCUUUUGAGACCCCUUUAAAACUAUAAAGGUUAGUCAAGAAGUUAUUGGGUGUUUA